CGGCGGCGGCGACACCGAGUGGAAGGCAAAAUGGCGGCGGCGGCGGCAACGUCCUGGUGCUGAGGCGAGAGCAAGGUCCCCGCGACCCUCGCGACGGGCCGCGCUGGCCCGCGGCAGCCCCCCGGCGUCUUUCCCCGCCUUGGCCCUCAGGGGAUACGCAGGGUCCCUGGGAAGGCUUCCGGCCGCCUCGGCGCCCCCUCUCCGGCCCGUGGCCGCUGUCCGGGAGCCCCGCAAUCCUUUGCAGGGUUAAUUAUUUAAAUGAUAAAGAAUUUUAACAUUCCAGAGGACUUCUGCAAAGGAUCUUUUGCAGUUUUGCUCAAGAGAAGACUCUGAACCUAUCAGGUGGCUCCUAAAGUCUUUUGUGUGGGUUAUAAAUAUAGAUGUUUUCAUGAAGAGAAGUGAAAAGCCAGAAGGAUAUAGACAAAUGAGGCCUAAGACCUUUCCUGCCAGUAACUACACUGGCAGCAGCCGGCAAAUGCUGCAAGAAAUUCGGGAAUCCCUUAGGAAUUUAUCCAAACCAUCUGAUGCUGCAAAAGCUGAGCAUAACAUGAGUAAAAUGUCGAUUGAAGAUCCUCGACAAGUCAGAAAUCCACCCAAAUUUGGGACUCAUCAUAAAGCUUUGCUGGAAAUUCGAAACUCUCUACAACCAUUUGCAAAUGAAACAAGUCGCAGUACUUCAGAGGUUAAUCCACAAAUGUUUCAAGACUUACAAGCUGCUGGGUUUGAUGAGGAUAUGGUUAUACAAGCUCUUCAGAAAACUAAUAACAGAAGUAUAGAAGCUGCGAUUGAAUUCAUUAGUAAAAUGAGUUACCAAGAUCCUCGACGGGAACAGAUGGUUACGGCAGCUGCCAGACCUAUUAAUGCCAGUUUGAAACCAGGGAGUGUGCAACAAUCAGUUAAUCGCAGACAAAGCUGGAAAGGUUCUAAAGAAUCCUUAGUUCCUCAGAGACAUGGCCCACCACUGGGAGAAAGUCCAGCCUAUCGUUCUGAAAGUCCCAACUCGCAGACAGAUGUAGGGAAACCUUUGCCAGGAUCUGGUAUUACAGCAUUUGCUCCAGCUCACCCUAGCAACGGACAGAGAGUGAACCCCCCUCCACCUCCUCAAGUAAGGAGUGUCACUCCUCCACCGCCCCCAAGAGGCCAGACUCCUCCUCCUAGAGGUACAACUCCACCUCCCCCCUCCUGGGAACCAAACCCUCAAACGAAACGCUACUCUGGGAAUAUGGAAUAUGGAAUCUCCAGAAUUUCUCCUGUUCCACCUGGAGCCUGGCAGGAGGGCUAUCCUUCAUCACCUCUGAACACAUCCCCAAUGAAUCCUCCUAAUCAAGGACAGAGAGGCAUUAGUUCUGUUCCUGUGGGCAGACAACCAAUUAUCAUGCAGAGUUCUAAUAAAUAUAACUUCCCACCAGGGAGACCUGGAAUUCAGAAUGGUAGUGGUCAAACUGAGUUUAUGAUACACCAAAAUGUCCCUGCUAGUGCGGUGAAUCGGCAGCCACCCCCUCCGUAUCCUUUGACCCCAACUAAUGGACAGACAGGGGGAUCUGCUGCUCCUUCAUCAUAUACAAAUGGAAAUAUUCCUCAGUCUAUGAUGGUGCCAAAUAGGAAUAGUCAUAACAUGGAACUUUAUAACAUUAAUGUUCCUGGACUGCAAACAACUUGGCCUCAGUCAUCUUCAGCUCCAGCCCAGUCAUCCCCAAGCACUGGACAUGAAAUCCCUACAUGGCAACCUAACAUACCAGUGAGGUCAAAUUCUUUUAAUAACCCAUUAGGAAAUAGAACAAGUCAUUCUGCUAAUUCUCAGCCUUCCGCUACAACAGUCACUGCUAUUACACCAGCUCCAAUUCAACAGCCCGUGAAAAGCAUACGCGUAUUAAAGCCAGAACUACAGACUGCUUUAGCACCUACACACCCUUCUUGGAUACCACAGCCAAUUCAAACUGUUCAACCUAGUCCUUUUUCUGAGGGUACUACUUCAAAUAUGACUGUUAUGCCGCCUGUUGCUGAAGCUCCAAACUAUCAAGGUCCACCACCACCUUAUCCAAAACAUUUGCUACACCAAAACCCACCUGUUCCUCCAUAUGAAUCAAUCAAUAAACCUAACAAAGAGGAUCAGCCGGGCUUGCCCAAGGAAGAUGAGGGUGAAAAAAGUUAUGAAAGUGUUGAUAGUGGGGAUAAAGAAAAGAAACAGAUUACAACUUCACCUAUCACCGUUAGGAAAAACAAGAAAGAUGAAGAGCGAAGGGAAUCUCGUAUUCAAAGUUAUUCUCCUCAGGCAUUUAAAUUCUAUAUGGAGCAACAUGUAGAAAAUGUUCUCAAAUCUCAUCAGCAGCGUCUACAUCGUAAAAAACAAUUGGAGAAUGAAAUGAUGCGGGUUGGAUUAUCUCAAGAUGCCCAGGAUCAAAUGAGAAAGAUGCUUUGCCAAAAAGAGUCUAAUUACAUCCGUCUUAAGAGGGCUAAAAUGGACAAAUCUAUGUUUGUGAAGAUAAAGACACUAGGAAUAGGAGCAUUUGGCGAAGUCUGUCUAGCAAGAAAAGUGGAUACUAAGGCAUUGUAUGCAACAAAAACUCUUCGAAAGAAAGAUGUUCUGCUUCGAAAUCAGGUUGCUCAUGUUAAAGCUGAGAGAGAUAUCCUCGCUGAAGCUGACAAUGAAUGGGUAGUUCGUCUAUAUUAUUCAUUCCAAGAUAAGGACAAUUUAUACUUUGUCAUGGACUACAUUCCUGGGGGUGAUAUGAUGAGCUUACUAAUUAGAAUGGGCAUCUUUCCAGAAAAUCUGGCACGAUUCUACAUAGCAGAACUUACCUGUGCAGUUGAAAGUGUUCAUAAAAUGGGUUUUAUUCAUAGAGAUAUUAAACCUGAUAACAUUUUGAUUGAUCGUGAUGGUCAUAUUAAAUUGACUGACUUCGGCCUCUGCACUGGCUUCAGAUGGACACAUGAUUCUAAGUACUAUCAGAGUGGUGACCAUCCACGGCAAGAUAGCAUGGAUUUCAGUAGCGAAUGGGGUGACCCCUCUAACUGUCGAUGUGGAGAUAGACUGAAGCCACUAGAGCGGAGAGCUGCACGCCAGCACCAACGAUGUCUGGCACACUCUUUGGUUGGGACUCCCAAUUACAUUGCUCCUGAAGUGUUGCUACGGACAGGCUAUACACAAUUAUGUGACUGGUGGAGUGUUGGUGUAAUUCUUUUUGAAAUGUUGGUGGGACAGCCUCCUUUCUUGGCACAAACUCCAUUAGAAACGCAAAUGAAGGUUAUCAACUGGCAAACAUCUCUUCACAUUCCACCACAAGCUAAACUGAGUCCUGAAGCCUCUGAUCUUAUAAUUAAACUUUGCCGAGGACCAGAAGAUCGCUUGGGCAAGAAUGGUGCUGAUGAAAUAAAAGCUCAUCCAUUUUUUAAAACAAUUGAUUUCUCUAGUGACCUGAGACAACAGCCUGCUUCAUACAUUCCUAAAAUCACACAUCCAACAGAUACAUCAAAUUUUGAUCCUGUUGAUCCUGAUAAGUUAUGGAGUGAUGAUAAUGAGGAAGAAAAUGUAAAUGACACUCUGAAUGGAUGGUAUAAAAAUGGAAAGCACCCUGAACAUGCUUUCUAUGAAUUUACCUUUAGGAGGUUUUUUGAUGACAAUGGCUACCCAUAUAAUUAUCCAAAGCCCAUUGAAUAUGAAUAUAUUAAUUCACAAGUCUCAGAGCACCAGUCAGAUGAAGAUGAUCAGCACACAGGCUCAGAGAUCAAAAAUCGUGAUCUAGUGUAUGUUUAAUACACUAGGAAAUAAUUGUAAUGAGGAUUUUUAAGAAGGCCUGAAAUGCAGGGAUUUUUGAGGCUCUAAGGGUAAAAUUAUGCAAAUGUGACAGAGCUGUGUGUGUGCUCUGUGCACAAUAUUUUAUAUUCCUAAAUUAUGGGAAAUCCUUUUAAAAUGUUAAUUUAUUCCAGCGUUUAUAAUCAGUAAUUUAGAAAAAAAAUUGUUAUAAAGUAAAUUAUGAACUGAGUAUCAUAGCCAGUUCUUGGUACUUAAAGUACUGAAAAAAAAAAAAUAGUGUGCUUUGUUUAAAAAGGAGAAGCCUGGUAUCUAUUUGUACAUAUGCUAAAUAAUUUUAAAAGACAAGAGUUUUUGAAAGGUUUUUGAAAGACAGUUUUAGUUUUAUUUUGCUUUAACCAAAUAUGAAAUAUGCCCCACAUUUACAAAGCUUUUCCCCCCUCCCAUAGCCUUGUUUUUGGUACAAAAUAAGCUAUAGAAAUUAAGCCAUCAUGGUGGUGAGUUUUCCUAGGCUAAUAUUCUGUAUAAUUCACAUCUUGAAACUAAGAAAUACAGGGUUGACAGGGUUGAAAUAGUAUGUUCAUCACAAGGGAAAAAUAGAUAAACUUCAUUUUUUUCCCUCUGUGGAAUAUUUAAUCUAGCAUUUGUUUCUCAAGAAUUACUGGCAUUAAAAGAAGCAAAGCACUACCAUUUUUUUCUUUCCACAUUGGUAUUUUUAAUGCUGCUUCCAGGUGGGGUGUUUUUUUUUCUUUUUUCUUUUUGCAUUUUAUGAAAUUUUUACUAUUUGGGUCGAAGUGUUGUAGAUGAUUACAGUCAGAAUGUUAUUUCACAGAAUCCCAGUUCUUGAAUUUUUCUUGAUACUUGUUUUAGAGAUUCCUGUAUAUGUUAGAUUGCUACUCUGAGAAGACUUUUUAGGCCUCCUUUCUUUACCUUCAGAAAUUAGUUUGCUUUGAAAUUAAAACCACUAACAGCAUAUUCUUCUGCAGUCUAUCCAUAGUUAUCUUGGGAAAUACAUCAGUACCUUACUGGAGAAGACUGACUGUAUUUGUGGAUACAUAUUUACAUCAAGCAUGAGGGCUCCUUUCAUCUUAUCAACUACAUGUUUGCAUCUAUUUACUAAAAAUUCCCACCAUUUGCUGUUUCUACUGCUUCCAGUUCAUAAAGGGGAACAUAGCUGCCAUUUUUUAUACUAAGAGCUAAGAUCUUCCGUAUUUUUACUUCACAAUUUACAAAAUGGUUUCCACCAUCCU